AUGUUGCCACACUGCUCCAUCCUGCUGCUGCUCUGCGUGGCUCGGCUGCUCUCCGCCUCUUCUGCCCUGCCCUUUGAGCAGAGAGGCUUCUGGGAUUUCGCCAUGGACAGCAUGGACAGCGGCGGGAUGAUGACGAUGAUGAGGGAUGAGGAAGAAGGCUCGGCCGUCGAGGAGAUCCCCCCCCCUGACAUACCCAUGUGCCCCUUCGGCUGCCACUGUCAGCGCAGGGUCGUCCAGUGCUCUGACCUCGGUCUGACUGAGGUGCCAAAGAAUAUUCCUCCUGACACCAAGUUCCUGGACCUGCAGAACAACCGUAUCACUGAGCUUAAAGAGAACGACUUCAAAGGCCUCACUAACUUAUAUGGUCUGUCUCUGAGGAAUAACCUUAUUUCCAAAGUCCACCCCAGAACAUUCGUGCCUCUCAAGCACAUGCAGAAGCUCUACUUCUCCAAGAAUUUGCUGACCACUAUCCCCAAGAACCUGCCCACCUCUCUGGUUGAGAUGAGGAUCCAUGAGAACCGCAUCAAGAAGGUGGCAGCUGGAGCCUUCACAGGACUGGUCAACAUGAACUGCAUAGAAAUGGGAGCAAACCCCAUCCACAACAGCGGCUUUGAGCCUGGAGCCUUCAAGGGACUGAAACUGAAUUAUCUGCGUAUAUCUGAGUCCAAACUGACUGGAGUGCCAAAAGAUCUCCCAGAGAGUCUCCAUGAACUUCAUCUGGACCACAACCAGAUCCAGGCUGUGGAACUGGAGGAUCUGAAACGCUACAAAAACCUGUACAGGUUGGGCCUUGGCUUUAACCACAUCCGUAACAUUGAGAACGGCAGUCUGGCCUUCCUCCCCAGGCUGAGAGAGCUGCAUCUGGACAACAACCGCCUCACUCGUGUUCCUCAAGGCCUCCCAGAUAUGAAAUACCUACAGGUGGUGUACCUCCAUUCCAACCACAUCGACCAGGUGGGCGUGGAUGACUUCUGCCCUCGAGGAUUUGGGAUGAAGAGGACGUUCUAUAACGGCAUCAGCCUGUUUGCUAACCCUGUCAACUACUGGGAGGUGCAGCCUGCGACGUUCCGCUGUGUCAGCGACCGGCUGGCCAUUCAGUUUGGCAACUACAAAAAGUAAAGACAGGGGGGAAGAGAGUGAGAGAGAGAGUGAGGGGAAGGUGAUGGAGGAGGAGCAGAUAAUUUAAAUAAUAAAAAAAAAACUUGAGAGAUGGAGGGGAAUUCAUAUUUGAGAUCAUUAUGUUUAUUAUUAUUAUUAUUAUUGUUUUUGAGAGCGAGGAUGAGUGAUGGAGAGGAUGGGCAAUAAACUUAUGAAAUAGAAAGAGAAGUGGAAAAAUACAAUCACAUAACUUGAAGGGAGUGGGAAGCAAAGUACUUGCAGUACUUGAAAUGGAUGAAACAGAGGAGACUGUAUGAGAAGAAUGUUUUCCCCCGGCCGAAAUCGAUGAAAAAUGAAAACUUGUGAAGCAGUUCAUUCCGUAUUUUUUACACAAUAGUGCUUAUUGUGAUAGAAGUCUUUUUUUAUUAACACUUUGGUUAAGAAUACAAGUUAAAAAAUAGAAAAGCAAUGCAGUAUAGAUUUUUUAUACAUAUAUAUAUAUACAUAAAAAGGUGCUCUGUAUGAUUUUCUGUGUGUGUUGAUUUGGGAGAUGCAUCACAUUGUCCCUGUUUCACUGGUCUGAAGCCAUCUGUCCCUCAACUCUGUGAUUAAAUUAUACUGUAUUAAUAAAUAACCAGUCACGGAUUUGGGGGCUAUUUUCCACCAUUUACAGACAUAAAAACAACUGCACAAAAUAUAGAAACUAUUACUCAAGUUUACCAACUCAAAAACAUUUUUGUACAUAUCAGUUGAUUGAUUAAAAGGGCAAUUUUAAAAUCCCCCUCAUCAGUGCUAAAUAUCUUAUUGAUCUGAGGUACCUGAAUCACCAGCCUGCCUGUGUAAGGAGUCUAUUCUGUGCCUUUACUAAAUAUUAUGCUGUCUGUAUGAUACUUUAAUACAGUAUUCCUUGAGGGGACACCGAAGUAGUGGGGGUUUGUCCCAGUUAGAGAAAACACACAUCCGCUUUGCUUUGAGACAAUGAAGGCAGUGUGUUCACAUAGUGCUACAAACAAUAGUAGUGUUGAUGCAUUGUUUUGCACAGUUUUUCUGUUAUGCUUUAUCUGCUUUGGGGGUAAUUGGGGAGGGGUUAGCCUGUUUACAUUGGUAGACCUAUGUGGAACUUCUGUAGCCAUUCUGUCCUGUCUCUGUUUUGUAAUCUGACAAGCUACCGCUGCAUGUGAAUAAAGACAUUUUUUAGCCUGCUGCAUAAAGCCAGAGAACAACUGAUGCCCCUGGGUUGGAUGCUGUGUGAGAAAUAAAGAGGAAAUAUCAAACAUGGAA